AGCGCUGAACUAGGAGUCAGAAGACCUGAUUUCUAGGCUUUUUUUGCCUGAGUGACUUUAAUCAAAUCACAUAACCUCACUGAGCCUCCCUUUUGACAUUUGCCUAAUGCAUGUAAUAAUUACAGACUCAGUCUACCUCACAGAACUGUUGUGAAGAUAAAAUAAAAGCCAUCUAUCUGUCGGUGUUUGAAACUUGUAAAGUGUUGAGGGAAAUAAUUGUGCCUUAAUUAAGCAGAUGGAAGAUGUGGGUGCCUUUAAACCCUAUUUGUUGAGACUAAUGGCUCUUUUUUGAGGAUGGUGGAAUUUUUUAGAGCUAAAGUGGUGUUUGGAGAUAAUUGUGCCACUCUUUCUUUGUAUCAUUGAGGAAACUGAAACAACCGAGAGAUGUUAAGUAAUUGGCCUUGAGUCUCGUAGGGAGAUCCAAGAAGAGGGCCAGGUCUCCUGACGCGCUCUCAAUGCCAUGCCGGCCUCCAGACCAGCCUAGAAGAGGGGAACAAGGAGCUACCUGUUAAGUCAGAUAUUCUUGAGUAUCUUCCUCCCAGAUAUUGUUACUUUUUAUAAUGGUUUAAACCUGGAAAAACUUUGUUCUCGAACUACAGUCAAGACACACUUUGGAAACCACUGAUUUCUCUUGGAUUUGGCUACAAAUUUAUAGAUCUUCUGCACUGUGUACAGGCACAGGGAUCUCAGAUACCUUCACCACCACCCCAGCUUCAAUUUGGAAUAUUUCACCCGUUCUUCAAAACGCAACUCAAGCGUUCAUAAAACCUCUGCCGAGGCGCCCUGCAACAAAGUUGCUGAUAUGUGUUCAAGAUGAGUGGGAUGGGAGAAAAUACCUCUGACCCAUCCAGGGCAGAGACAAGAAAGCGCAAGGAAUGUCCUGACCAGCUUGGACCCAGCCCCAAGAGGAACACUGAGAAACGUAAUCGUGAACAGGAAAAUAAAUAUAUUGAAGAACUUGCAGAGCUGAUUUUUGCAAAUUUUAACGAUAUAGACAACUUUAACUUCAAACCUGACAAAUGUGCAAUCUUAAAAGAAACUGUGAAGCAAAUUCGCCAGAUCAAAGAACAAGAGAAAGCAGCAGCUGCCAACAUCGAUGAAGUGCAGAAGUCAGAUGUAUCGUCUACAGGGCAGGGUGUCAUCGACAAGGAUGCGCUGGGGCCUAUGAUGCUUGAGGCCCUUGACGGCUUCUUCUUUGUAGUGAACCUGGAAGGCAACGUUGUGUUUGUUUCAGAGAAUGUGACACAGUACCUAAGGUAUAACCAGGAGGAGCUGAUGAACAAAAGUGUAUAUAGCAUCCUGCACGUUGGGGACCACACUGAGUUUGUCAAAAAUCUGCUGCCAAAGUCUAUAGUGAAUGGGGGAUCUUGGUCUGGCGAACCUCCUAGGCGGAACAGCCAUACAUUCAAUUGUCGGAUGCUGGUAAAGCCUCUACCCGAGUCGGAAGAGGAAGGUCAUGAUAACCAGGAAGCACAUCAGAAAUAUGAAACUAUGCAGUGCUUUGCUGUCUCUCAACCAAAGUCCAUCAAAGAAGAAGGAGAAGAUUUGCAGUCCUGCUUGAUCUGUGUGGCAAGAAGAGUUCCCAUGAAGGAAAGACCAGUCCUGCCCUCAUCAGAAAGUUUUACUACUCGUCAGGAUCUCCAAGGCAAGAUCACUUCACUGGAUACCAGCACCAUGAGGGCAGCCAUGAAACCAGGCUGGGAGGACCUGGUGAGAAGGUGCAUUCAGAAGUUCCACGCGCAGCAUGAAGGGGAGUCCGUGUCCUACGCCAAGAGGCAUCAUCAUGAAGUGCUGAGACAAGGAUUGGCAUUCAGUCAAAUCUAUCGUUUUUCCUUGUCCGAUGGCACUCUUGUUGCUGCGCAAACGAAGAGCAAACUCAUCCGUUCUCAGACUACUAAUGAACCUCAGCUUGUAAUAUCUUUACAUAUGCUUCACAGAGAGCAGAAUGUGUGUGUAAUGAAUCCGGAUCUGACUGGACAAGCGAUGGGGAAGCCAUUGAAUCCAAUUAGCUCUAGCAGCCCUGCCCAUCAGGCCAUGUGCAGUGGGAACCCAGGUCAGGACAUGACCCUCAGUAGCAAUAUAAAUUUCCCCAUAAAUGGCCCAAAGGAACAGAUGGGCAUGCCCAUGGGCAGGUUCAGUGGUUCUGGGGGAAUGAGCCAUGUGUCAAGCAUGCAAGCAACCACUCCUCAGGGUAGUAACUAUGCACUCAAAAUGAACAGUCCCUCACAAAGCAGCCCUGGCAUGAAUCCAGGCCAGCCCAAUUCCAUGCUUUCACCAAGGCAUCGCAUGAGCCCUGGAGUGGCUGGAAGCCCUCGAAUCCCACCCAGUCAGUUUUCCCCUGCAGGAAGCUUGCAUUCCCCUGUGGGCGUUUGCAGCAGCACAGGAAAUAGCCAUAGCUACACCAACAGUUCCCUCAAUGCCCUUCAAGCCCUCAGCGAGGGCCAUGGGGUCUCACUGGGGUCAUCGUUGGCUUCACCGGACCUAAAAAUGGGCAAUUUGCAAAACUCCCCAGUUAAUAUGAAUCCUCCCCCACUCAGCAAGAUGGGAAGCUUAGACUCCAAAGACUGUUUUGGACUUUACGGGGAGACAUCUGAAGGUACAACUGGACAAGCAGAGAGCAGCUGCCAUCCUGGAGAGCAAAAGGAGACAAACGAUUCCAACAUGCCCCAGGCCGUGAGCAGUGAGCGCUCUGACGGACAGAACAGACUGCAUGACAGCAAGGGGCAGACCAAACUCCUGCAGCUGUUGACCACCAAAUCCGACCAGAUGGAGCCUUCGCCCUUACCCAGCUCUUUGUCGGACACAAGCAAGGACUCCACAGGUAGCGUGCCUGGUCCCGGGUCGACACAUGGAACCUCGCUCAAGGAGAAGCAUAAGAUUUUGCACAGACUCUUGCAGGACAGCAGUUCCCCUGUGGACUUGGCUAAGUUAACAGCAGAAGCCACGGGCAAAGAGCUAAGCCAGGACACCAACAGCACAGCUCCUGGUUCAGAAGUGACUGUUAAACAGGAGCCGGUGAGCCCCAAGAAGAAAGAGAAUGCACUACUUCGCUAUUUGCUAGAUAAAGAUGAUACUAAAGAUAUUGGUUUACCAGAAAUAACCCCCAAGCUUGAGCGACUGGACAGUAAGACAGACCCUGCCAGUAACACAAAAUUAAUAGCUAUGAAAACUGAAAAGGAGGAAAUGAGCUUUGAGCCUGGCGACCAGCCUGGCAGUGAGCUGGACAACUUGGAGGAGAUUUUGGAUGAUUUGCAAAAUAGUCAAUUACCACAGCUUUUCCCAGACACGAGGCCAGGCGCCCCUGCCGGAUCAGUUGACAAGCAAGCCAUCAUCAAUGACCUCAUGCAACUCACAGCUGAAAACAGCCCUGUUACACCUGUUGGAGCCCAGAAAACAGCAUUGCGAAUUUCACAGAGCACUUUUAAUAACCCACGACCAGGGCAACUGGGCAGGUUAUUGCCAAACCAGAACUUACCACUUGACAUCACAUUGCAAAGCCCAACUGGUGCUGGACCUUUCCCACCAAUCAGAAACAGUAGUCCCUACUCAGUGAUACCUCAGCCAGGAAUGAUGGGUAAUCAAGGGAUGAUAGGAAACCAAGGAAAUUUAGGGAACAGUAGCACAGGAAUGAUUGGUAGUAAUGCUGCCCGGCCCACCAUGCCGUCUGGGGAAUGGGCACCACAGAGUUCUGCUGUGAGAGUCACCUGUGCCGCCACCACCAGUGCCAUGAACCGGCCAAUCCAAGGAGGUAUGAUUCGGAACCCAACAGCCAGCAUCCCCAUGAGACCCAACAGCCAGCCCGGCCAAAGGCAGAUGCUUCAGUCUCAGGUCAUGAAUAUAGGGCCGUCUGAAUUAGAGAUGAACAUGGGGGGACCUCAGUACAGCCAACAACAAGCUCCUCCAAAUCAGACCGCCCCGUGGCCUGACAGCAUCCUGCCUAUAGACCAGGCAUCCUUUGCCAGCCAGAACAGGCAGCCGUUUGGCAGCUCUCCAGAUGACCUGCUGUGUCCACAUCCUGCAGCGGAGUCUCCAAGUGAUGAGGGCGCUCUCCUGGACCAGCUCUAUCUGGCCUUGCGGAACUUCGAUGGCCUGGAGGAGAUCGACAGAGCUCUGGGGAUACCCGAACUGGUCAGCCAGAGCCAAGCAGUAGACCCGGAGCAGUUCUCAAGUCAGGAUUCCAACAUGAUGCUGGAGCAGAAGGCCCCGGUUUUCCCACAGCAGUACGCGUCUCAGGCACAGAUGGCCCAGGGUAGCUAUACUCCCAUGCAGGAUCCCAGCUUUCACGCCAUGGGACAGCGGCCUACUUAUGCCACGCUCCGAAUGCAGCCCAGACCUGGCCUCAGGCCCACAGGCCUCGUGCAGAACCAGCCAAAUCAACUGAGACUUCAGCUGCAGCAUCGCCUCCAGGCACAGCAGAAUCGCCAGCCACUUAUGAAUCAAAUCAGCAAUGUUUCAAAUGUGAACUUGACUCUGAGGCCUGGAGUACCAACACAGGCACCUAUUAACGCACAGAUGCUGGCCCAGAGACAGAGGGAAAUCCUGAACCAGCAUCUUCGACAGAGACAAAUGCAUCAGCAACAGCAAGUUCAGCAGCGAACUUUGAUGAUGAGAGGACAAGGGUUGAAUAUGACGUCAAGCAUGGUGGCUCCUAGUGGCAUUCCAGCAACUAUGAGCAACCCCCGGAUUCCCCAGGCAAACGCACAGCAGUUUCCAUUUCCUCCAAACUACGGAAUAAGUCAGCAACCUGAUCCAGGCUUUACUGGCGCCGCCGCGCCCCAGAGCCCUCUGAUGUCGCCCAGGAUGGCGCAUACCCAGAGCCCCAUGAUGCAGCAGUCUCAGGCCAAUCCAGCCUAUCAGGCCUCCUCGGACAUGAAUGGAUGGGCGCAGGGGAACAUGGGUGGAAACAGCAUGUUUUCACAACAGUCCCCACCACACUUUGGACAGCAAGCAAACACCAGCAUGUACAAUAACAACAUGAGCAUCAACGUAUCCAUGGCGACCAACACAGCGGGGAUGAGCAACAUGAACCAGAUGACAGGACAGAUCAGCAUGACCUCAGUGACCUCCGUGCCUACGUCGGGGCUGUCCUCCAUGGGUCCCGAGCAGGUAAAUGAUCCUGCUCUGAGGGGAGGCAACCUUUUCCCAAACCAGCUGCCAGGAAUGGAUAUGAUUAAGCAAGAGGGAGAUGCAUCACGGAAAUACUGCUGACACUGAAGGUGGCUGGUUGCUUCUUUCUUCAGCUGACUGGGCUACAUGCUCAAAACACGUUCCAGUCUGGAGAGCUGCGUCUAUUUGUUUCGACCCAACCGACCUGCCAGCCAGUUCUGCCAAAGCGAGAUCGGCAGACGGGCCCCGGCUCCCGGCGUGGAGUCGGCUCAGCUGUUGCAGAAGGAGCUGCCUCCUCUCUUGACAGUCUGAAGCUCACGUCCAGUUGCUCAGUCUGUUCACUGCAUUCACCUUAGUGCAACUUAGAUCUCUCCUGCAAAGUAAAUGUUGACAGGCAAAUUUCAUACCCAUGUCAGAUUGAAUGUAUUUAAAUGUAUGUAUUUAAGGAAAACAACCAUGCUCUUGUUCUGUUCCUGUUUGGUUCCAGACACUGGUUUCUUGCUUUGUUUUCCCUGGCUAAUCAGUCUAGGACAAAAGAUUAAGAUUUCAUCUAGGGGAAAGAAAAGAAUUUAAAAAAAAAAAUCAAACUAAGGGUGUUUUAAGCUAAAGCCUGCAUUUGGGAUAAAAGCAGGACAGACACCACGGACAGCGCUGUAUGUACAGAGAGCCGAGAAGGGAAGACCAGUCAAGUCAGAGCUGUAUCUUUCUAGAAAGCUCUAAAGACCAUGUUGGAAAGAGAUUCCAGCCACUAAACAGAUGAAAAGGAGCCUGUGAGAGGGCUGUUCAUAUUAACAAGUACUUUUUCCUUUCUUUUUCUUUGUUAAAACAAAACUAGUUCACCUGGAUCAUGAAUCGAGAAGAAAUAUUUUUCAUUUCCAAAUUAAGUUCCCUUUAGAUGGAUCAGACAGCUGGAAUUAGCAUCUCCUCUUCCCCAUCUGAUCCUGACUCUUCCCUUCCCCUCUCUGCCUGCCCCAAUUCUCCUCACUUUCAUUCCUUUUUUUAAAAAAUAAUAAAAGCAACAGAAACCAGGUAAGCCCUUUAUUUCCUUAAAUGUUUUGCCAGCCACUUACCAGUUGCUAACUAUUAAAUUUCAGACAAAUGCAUUUACUGGCAAGGAGAGGAGCGAAGUUAGGACUUGAUACCCAUCUAGCUGAGGACGCCUGCUUUGGAAGCAUGUAAUUCUGCUCCCCAGCAACACUGGCCUAGAAACGGGAGAAAACCGUAGUGUGUUUAAAAUUGUCCGCAGGUAUCACGACAGAUUUAACCUCCGCCAUGUGUUUUUUAUUUUGUUUUUUAGCAGUGCUGACUAAGCCGAAGUUUUGUAAGGUACAUAAAAUCCAAUUUAUAUGUAAACAAGCAAUAAUUUAAGUUGAGAACUUAAGUGUUUUAAUUGUAUAAUUUUUGUGAGGUAUACAUAUUGUGGAAUUGACUCAAAAAUGAGGUACUUCAGUAUUAAAUUAGAUAUCUUCAUAGCAAUGUCUCCUAAAGGUGUUUUGUAAAGGAUAUCAAUGCCUUGAUUAGACCUAAUUUGUAGACUUAAGACUUUUUAUUUUCUAAACCUGUGAUUCUGCUCAUAAAUCAUUUAUCUAAUCUAUAUGAUAUGCAGCCGCUGUAGGAACCAAUUCUUGAUUUUUAUAUGUUUAUAUUCUUUCUUAAUGAACCUUAGAAAGACUACAUGUUACUAAGCAGGCCACUUUUCUGGUUGUUUUUCUUGCCCACUCUGGUAGGGGAAUAAUCUUUUAUUAAUUGGCGUCAGUUUCAGACAACUGCAAUACCAAGAAACUGAUGACCUUUUUUUGAGCUAUUUCUCCCCAACCCCUAAUACACAUACUUUCUUACCUAAAUUUCAGAAUGAUGUCUUUUUGAUGUCUAAAAAGCAAAGCAAUUUUAUAUCUCAUUAGCCAGGCUUUUUAGGAACAGAGAGGAUUUUCCUUGAAAUUUGAUUGUUUGUUUAUUUGUGGCAGGGUGAAAAAUGUACAAACUACCCCUAUUUAUAUUUAUAUCUCUCUCUAUACGUACAGAUUAUGGAAGUGUAGAAAGAGAUAUAGCCCAAAGAUAAAUGGUAAGUAGACAGUCUGAAAGUGUUGCUCCAUACUAAAGAGAUUUUCUGGAAAUUUGCAUUUCGAUACUUGUUUCCACUUGAGAGGGGUCUCGCUACAGGGAGGUGGCCAAGGAACAGCACUUCUCGGCGGCCACCAGUUCACGUCCCCCUCAGAAAGCUCUGCUUUUCUCAGCCAAACCAUUGGGUUGCCCAACUGUGAUGGAAAAACGAGCAGAUGCUGGCCCAGAACUCCAUGGCCUCGUCAGUGUGAUGAGGCUUGUGUUAUACACAGUUAUUUAAUGUGACCAGUUUUAAGUUGAUUUUCAGAAAUAUGUGAAUUAGAAUGACUUUAACUUCACACAGCACAAAGGAGAAAUAGAGUUUAAACUGGAUUUGUUUUGUUUUGAGUUUUAAGUCCCUUUUCACUAUAAUGCUGUCCAAAAAUAUCUGUGUUUCUUUUAUUGUUUAUCCAUCUGCCCACUGUGUUUUCAUGUCAAUCCCUGAAUUCAGACAGAUCGACAAGCCUGUAAUACUGGUAAUUUAGAUUAACUCAUGAUCAUUACUGUUUUGAAGGAAAAGAGAGUAUAAAUUCUCCUAUGGUUCAGAUCAGGUCAUGGAUUUUGCUUUACAUCUAAUUAAGGGAAGAGUAAGUGAAGGCAUCCUCUGAUCAUAUUGAUCACUAUAGAAGCAAAAGCCAAAUCAAUCCCCUUCAUUAUCAGUAUUUCUCAAGCUGUACACAGUAAAUUUGUUAGACUGAGGACUUGGUUUUCGUUUAAUAGAACAAAUAAUCAGUGUUUUACUUAUAUUACUAAAUGUGAAAAACAUAUAAUGUGAAAAGUAUACAUACAUUAACUUGGUUGUAAAACUCAUUUAAGUGUUCAUGUAAUAUGGUAAGAUUAAAAAGUGAAGUGAGCUGUUUAUUACUACAAUGAAUUCGUUUGACUCAAAGAUUAAAAUGCCCCCUCCCACAUGUAUCUCUCGUGGCCUGUAAUAAUUGAAAGCAAUGUUUUUGCAGUUUAUAUAAUGCAAUUUUUAAUGUGUUUAAAAAUGGAGUUCAUAUGGGCUUAACACAUGAAGUGGGUGGCACAGAUCCACUUGCAGAACCCAAAGAUACACAAUCAAUUUUGAAAUGCAACUUAAGCCAUUAAUUGUUGGUGUGAAUUUAAAAUUUUCUAGUAUUUGUAUGGUAGUAUGCUGCCUAAGAGCAAAGCAUUCUCUGCACAAAAGAAAAUUACUGUAGUGGCUUCGAUUUUAAUUAGAAUUUUCUCCCUGGUGUUUCUUUAUAGACUAAAACAAAAUCUUUUAAGUUUCUUACUACAGGUAAAAGCUAUGUGCAAGAACCUCAAAAUGCUAAAAUCUAGCAUAAUGCCUUAGAUCUGUUUUUAAGUCUUGUAUAUUCCUACAUAGCUGUCCAAUGUAUUAUAUUUGUAUAGUGAAUUGUGUACAAUUUUUGAAUAAGUGCAUCAUCACUUAACCUUGAUGUUGUUGAUUAGUGAUGAUGCUACCUUUCUUCAAACAUUUAACUGUCAUUUUUUUUCUUUGUCAUUUGUGGGUUUUAUUUGUACAGUUCCUCAUGAAGUUGCAUCUGAGAUGUGUGUAUAUGAAAAGAUUAUCCAAGGGUAAAAUUAAGCAAUAUAUUAACUAUGGUUCUUCAGGAGAAAGCUGACCGUGUUUCAGGUUGUGAUUUAUUUUCAAAUGGAGUUGACUCUGAACAUCACUUGUUCACCUGCAUUGAUGUUUGUAUUUCUAGUGUGAGCAGUUUAUGCAAAGGUAGAUAUAUUCAGAGAAAUUUUAAAUACAUUUAUGCAAGUUAAUAUUGCUUUGCUGAUGCUAUUUGCUUAUUUGAUGUUAAAUAAUGCUAUUGUAAAUAAAGAAUUCUGUUGUUAUUGCAUCAUUUAAUAAAUUUUAAUGCCUUCGGGUUUUACAUGGC